UAGCUCUCAAUUUGACGUUGUCAUCGGGUGUACUCAACCGAGAGGGAAUCCAUUGCCCUGGAUAACUGUAGUUACGUCUGCUGCUGUACCCACACUUCCGCUCUGCAAGAGGCACGCGUCCAGGCAUUCACCGACACAAAGAAAGGUCGUUAUGUCGGAUGAGGAUUCGCGUGCCAGCGUUAGUUCUUCUUCCUCAAUUUAUCAGCAGUUAAAAAUAAACGCGCCUAAGAAACGAGCAGAAAGCAAAGCCAUCAUGAGCAAGACCUCCAAACUCCUCUCCACCAGCGCCAAAAGAAUUCAGAAGGAGUUGGCUGACAUUACUUUGGAUCCACCACCGAACUGCAGUGCGGGUCCAAAAGGGGACAACAUCUAUGAGUGGAGAUCCACCAUCCUGGGGCCACCAGGCUCUGUGUACGAGGGAGGGGUCUUCUUCCUAGAUAUCGCCUUUACACCAGACUACCCCUUCAAACCACCCAAGGUGACGUUCCGUACCAGGAUCUACCACUGUAACAUCAACAGUCAGGGUGUGAUCUGUCUGGACAUCCUGAAGGACAACUGGAGCCCCGCCCUCACCAUCUCCAAGGUGCUGCUGUCCAUCUGCUCCCUGCUCACUGACUGCAACCCUGCUGACCCUCUGGUAGGAAGCAUCGCCACCCAGUACACAACCAACAGACCAGAGCACGACAGGAUAGCCAAACAGUGGACCAAGAGAUACGCCACAUAGAUACACAGGACUGGGUCGUAUUCAUUAGGCACUACAUGGACUUGUCCAAUAACAAAAGUUAAUUUGUUUCCCAUAGCAAAACGUUUUCUGUUGCAUGCCCUAACAACUACGACCCUGGGCAACAUGAGAGGGGGAGGUUAGGGGGUGUCAGAGCUCCUUCUGGGAUGGAGUUGGGGGGGGAACAGGAAGGGUAGAGAAUAGGGGAGGAUAUUUAUCUUGGAAUUUAAGUCUUCAUCUCCUGAUAUUUUGUUUAUGGUAUUUAAGUUCUCCGACCCGUAUAUUAGCAUCUAUUUUGGCAAUAAUGCUUUUCAAUCUGUUUCCUUGAAGUUCUUUAAAAUGAUUUAAUUUUUAGCUAAUUGUGCUUCGAAAGGAAAUUAAUUCUACAUGUUUGGUCUGUUUAUAUAAACAAACCUGUCACACACAG